AUGGCUUCAUUACUGAGGCCGUUCAUCAUCGGUCUUAUUUUAUUUUUAUCUAUUCUUAAUCAAAUUGAAACUCGAAUAGCUCAAAAUGAUGAUGAUGUAUCAAAACUUAGAAUAAAUCGACAAGAAUAUAAUCCAUAUCCUUAUGAUCAUCGACAACGAUAUCCUGAACCUCCAUCUGGACAAUAUCCAUCAAGAGAUCCUAGUGAAACAUAUGUUCAAAAUUCUGAAUGUAAAGGUUGUGGUCCACGACGUGAUUGUCAAUGUCCUGGAAAAGGUGCUAUGGGUAUAACUGGUCCACAAGGUUUUCCAGGUAUUCCAGGUGAUCGUGGUCUUAAAGGUCCCUCAGGACGAUCAGGUUAUCCAGGUGUUUCUGGUGAAAAAGGUGAUCGUGGUCAAUAUGGUAACAAAGGCGAACGAGGUGAUGAUGGUUUAUUGCCUAUUGAUGGUCAAAAUGGUUUUCCUGGACAAGCUGGUGCUGUCGGUCCACGUGGUAUUCCUGGUGUACCCGGUUGUAAUGGUAGCAAGGGGGAACCCGGUGAUGAUGGCCGAAUGGGAUUAGACGGCCUACCGGGUGCUUCUGGUACACCAGGGCGAGCUGGUGAUAUAGGUGAACCAGGUGAAUCAAUAGGUUUUGGUGGUAUUGUACAAGGACCACGUGGCGAUCCUGGAAUGUCUGGUCGCCCAGGUGUACCUGGUUGGCCUGGUCCAUCAGGUACUCCAGGUUUGCCAGGUUCGUUGGGACCACCAGGAUCAGAUGGUAGCCCUGGCCUAAGAGGUGAUUCAGGAUUAUCAGGACCAGAUGGUCCUAUAAGCUAUGGUAACAAAGGUCAACGUGGUGAUCCAGGUGAUAACGCUCCUACACCAGCCGAUCCAGUGCCGUAUGGUCGUUUACGAGGUAUUACAAAUGUUCAAGGACCGCCUGGUAUACGUGGUCCUGAUGGUGAUCAUGGUUAUAAAGGAGAUCGUGGUCAACCUGGUUACUUGGGUAUCGAUGGUUUACAAGGACCUAAAGGAGAAAAAGGUGAAAUUGGUGCAGCCGGAUCACUAGGCAAAAUGGGUAAAGAAGGUCCUAGUGGUCCAUAUGGUAUCAAAGGCGAAGCAGGACCACCUGGUCCACCUGGCAGUGAUGGUCUUCCUGGCGAACUUGGUCAACCUGGUUAUCCUGGUUCUAAAGGUCAACGUGGUGAUAAUGGUAUAACUGGUCCCAAUACUUAUGGUAGCAAACGUUAUCAACCACUUCCUGGACCACCAGGUUAUCCUGGAAUGACAGGUGAUGCUGGACCAAAUGGUUUCCCUGGUGCUCCUGGUUUUCCUGGUCGAGAAGGUCUUAAAGGUGAACGAGGUGACUAUGGUUCACCUGGUCGACCUGGCCCUAUGGGAGAAACAGCUGAUGCCGAAAAGGGUGAUCGAGGUUCUGAUGGACUUCCUGGUCCUCCUGGAUCAUCUGGACCUGCUGGUAUUCCGGGUGAAAAAGGUACUAUGGGUGAAAAAGGAUUAGCUGGUGAAGAAACAUAUGGACCACGUGGAAGUAAUGGUCUUCCAGGUCGUACUGGAUAUCCUGGUAUACCUGGACCAGCGGGUGAUAUUGGUGAACCAGGAUUGCCAGGUCUACCUGGUGAAGCAAGUUAUCAAGGUUAUCAAGGAUACGGUCCUUCUGGUCCGCAAGGAUAUCCAGGUCGAUCAGGUCAACCCGGCCCACCUGGUUAUCCUGGUAUUCCUGGCGGGAAAGGUGAUGUUGGUGACCCUGGUGGUUGUGGAUUUUGUCCACCUGCUGCUCCUGGUCUUCCAGGUGAUCGUGGUACCCAAGGUUAUCGCGGUCGACCAGGUUUAAGUGGAGCACCUGGCUUUCGAGGUGAAAAAGGUGAUGCCGGACCAGGUGGAGCUCCUGGACCGAAUGGUUUAUCUGGACCAGAUGGAAUUCCCGGUCGAGAUGGUUAUCCAGGUUUGUCAGGACGUAAAGGUGAAGCUGGUGAAUUGCAUGGUGCUGAUGGCAUUAAAGGUCGUCGAGGAAUACCUGGUGAGUCAGGAGUUAAAGGUUAUCAUGGUGAUGUUGGUGAAUCUGGUAUUAAUGGACGUGAUGGCUAUGAUGGUAUUCCUGGUGCACCUGGCUCACGAGGUCCGUCAGGUGAUACUGGACGACCAGGAACUACGGGUACUCCAGGACCUAAAGGUCCACAAGGUGCAACUGGACCACCGGGUCAAGUAUUUGCACGUGGUCCACGUGGUGAGCAAGGUGAAAGCGGUCCACAAGGUAAAACUGGACGACCUGGCCUUCCUGGUCCACCAGGUGAAGAUGCACCAGUACCAGUGAUUACACCUGGUGAACGGGGUAUUAAAGGACAACCUGGUGAUGAAGGGUCUGCGGGUCAACCUGGUGCUCCUGGAUUACCUGGACGAGAUGGUCUACCUGGUAGUAAUGGUUUUCCUGGUUCAAAGGGUGAUGAUGGUCGACCCGGCUUUCCUGGAGUACCAGGCGAAAAUGGUGUUAAAGGUUAUCCGGGUAUGGAUGGACGAUCUGGUCUUGAUGGACGACCUGGCCUUCCAGGAAUGAAUGGACAAGCUGGUCUACCUGGUUUACCAGGAGCUAAAGGACAACGAGGUGACACUGCUAUUGCAACAAUAGCUGGAUCACCAGGCAAUCCAGGUCCAAAAGGUGUUACUGGUCAACGUGGUCCAUCUGGUAUAUCAGGAAGUCGUGGUCCACCUGGUCCAUAUGGUUUACCUGGCAAUCCAGGUAUAAAUGGCCGCCCGGGACAAGCUGGUCUACAAGGACAGAAAGGAGAAAGAGGUGGUGCUGGAUCUGCUUGGCAGGGUGAUGUUGGUUUGCCUGGUGCACGUGGUCGACCCGGAGUUCCUGGAAUGUCUGGAGCUCAAGGUAGUUCUGGUCCAUCUGGUUUUCGUGGUGCACCUGGUGACAUGGGUCGAUCAGGUCAAAAUGGUGCACCUGGUUUUCCUGGCAAACCUGGCGAACGUGGUGAUAAUGGACUUGAUGGAUAUCCUGGUUUGAUUGGAAUGAAAGGUUUUCCUGGUUUACCUGGUGAACGUGGAUUACCUGGCAGUGGUGGCUCAAAUGGACUCCCAGGUUUUCCAGGACCUAAAGGUCUUCCAGGUGAUACUGGUGAACCAGGUCUUCAUGGUGGCUAUAGUCAACCAGGUCGAAAAGGAGAAAUUGGUGACACUGGUGAAGUUGGUCUACCGGGUAUUAAAGGUUUUCCAGGAGAAUCUGGUACAUUUGGUUCUCAAGGACUACCAGGCGAAGUUGGAUACCCUGGCUUAGCUGGCGCUCCUGGUCUACCUGGUCGUGAUGGACGUCCUGGUUUACCGGGUUUGAAAGGUGAAGUGGGUGAUUGGUUUAAAGGCGUUAGUGGUGUACGAGGUGAACCUGGUUUCCCUGGUCUUCCUGGUAUGCCCGGUGCUCCAGGUCUUCGUGGAUUGCCUGGCCUUCCAGGUACAAUGGGACUACGUGGACAACCAGGUCUUAUUGGAUUUCCAGGUCUUUCUGGUCUCAGUGGUGCACCUGGCUUUCCUGGAUUGAAAGGUCAACCAGGACAAAAUGGUCUUCCGGGACUUGCUGGACCUCCAGGUGAUCGAGGCCUUUCUGGUCGUCCUGGUUUACCAGGUCUACCUGGUCUUAAAGGAAUGAAUGGAGAACCAGGCCGAGAUGGACGAGCUACAGAAUCAGGACAAAAAGGAGAACCAGGUGAUUUUGGUGCAUCUGGAAUCCCAGGACUUGCUGGAAUGAUUGGUGAUGCUGGUCUUCCGGGUCUGCCAGGCAUUACUGGUUCACAGGGAGCACCAGGUCGUGAUGGUCUUCCAGGUAUACCAGGAGAAAAAGGUUUAACAGGCAUACCUGGAAAAGCAGGACGACAAGGUUUACCUGGUUUACAAGGACCUAAAGGAAAUGCUGGCUAUCCUGGUCGUCCCGGUCUGAAAGGUGCACAAGGUGAAAGUGGUGGUCGUAGUUUACCAGGUUUUCGUGGUGAUCCUGGUCGCGAUGGUCUUCCGGGUCGGCCAGGUCUCCGAGGACCACCUGGUGAUAUGGGUCUACCUGGUGCGCCGGGUCGUGAUGGUCAUGGAGUAGCUAGUGUACGAGGACCGCAAGGAGAACGUGGUCUAGAUGGUUUACCAGGUCGACCAGGUUCAAGUGGAUAUCCUGGACGAGAUGGUAAACCAGGUUUAGCUGGUCCACCGGGUCUACCGGGUCUUCUUGGAAUUAAUGGUCUUCCUGGUAUACAAGGUGCUGCUGGUGCAAAAGGAUUACCAGGUCAACCAGGACCACUUGGAAAUCCAGGUUUACCAGGAAGACGAGGAGAACCAGGCAUACCAGGUAUGUCUGGAAUCCCAGGUCGUAAAGGAGAAAUGGGCGAUGCAGGAUCGCCGGGUGUUGAUGGAUAUCCAGGUAUACCAGGUCCAAAAGGAGAAACAGUACGAGUAGAAGCUUUAGUACAUCCAGGUGCAAAAGGUGAACGUGGUGAUCAAGGAUAUCCUGGUGCCAAUGGAUUACCAGGUAAAAUUGGUGUUCACGGACCAAAAGGCUAUCCAGGUCAAGUUGGUCUUGCUGGUCGUCCAGGCAGUCCAGGUUCAUUAGGAGCUCGUGGUCCAAUUGGUGAUGUUGGAUUUUCAGGAGGACCUGGUUUACAUGGCCCACCAGGACCACCGGGUAUUGCUGGUCUUCAAGGUCUUCCAGGAGAUACAGGUGAAGGUUCAUUCGUAUUUGCACGUCAUAGUCAAGAUAAAACAACUCCACAAUGUCCAUAUGCAACAACAAAAAUGCAGGAAGGUUUUUCAUUUAUGGGUAUGCAAGGUGAUGCAUAUGCUGCUCAUCAAGAUCUUGGUGGUUCGGGUAGUUGUUUACGUCGUUUUAGUGCUAUGCCAUUUUUAUUUUGUGAUAUUGGUAAUUCAUGUCAUUAUGCAUCACGUAAUGAUUAUUCAUAUUGGUUAUCAACAAAUGAACCAAUGUCAUCAAGUAUGGCACCAUUUGAAACACGUGAUAUACCAAAUCAUUUAAGUCGUUGUGUUGUUUGUGAAUCAGCAACACCUGUAUUUGCAAUUCAUAGUCAAUCACAACGUGUUCCAACAUGUCCUGAUGGAUAUGAUCUUUUAUGGGCAGGUUAUAGUUUUGUAUUUACAUCAGCUGAUGGUGGUCGUGGUGAUCAACAAAGUUUACAAUCACCUGGUUCAUGUCUUGAAAAAUAUCAUGAUCGACCAUAUUUUCAUUGCAAAGAUCAUUCACAAUGCAAUUAUUAUCCAAAUAUGAUGACAUUCUAUUUAGCUACAUUAGAUGAUUAUACAGGAUUUGAAAAACCAAAAUUACUUACAUUAAAAGCUGGUACACAAAGACAACAUAUUAGUCGAUGUGCUGUAUGUCAUGCUAAUCUAUUUAAACAGACAACUUAUGGACCAUCAGCAUUUUUUGCACAAGUCAAGAAAAUUUAA